AUGAUCCAAAUUCUCAGCUCACUAGCUCAAGUGGAAUACAGUGGGGUUGCAGCUCAAGACUCUAUUAGUAAAGGAGAUCAUGUUUCUGACAAUCUGGUUGCAACUGAAAACAAAAUGGUAAAUGAUCGUGAUGAUGAGGGAAUUAGUGACAAUAUGACAAGUAGUGAUGUAGUCGAGGAUCAAAAAGUUGAGAUACGGCAGAACUUGACUGAACUUGAAGGUAGUGUUCAAGUAGCAGGGGACGAUGGUUUUGCUAAUGGGAGUACUACCAUUGAUUCUGUCGAAUGA